AUGUCAAAUUUUCUGCCCGGUAUUAUGGAUGGAUUUGUGCUUGCCAGCCGUAUUGCGGCUUGCUGUUCUCGCAAGCAUCCUACUGGUGACAGUGGGAUUCAUCCUAACUCUACUACGGUAGUACAUGAAGGACAAUUCUCAGAAGCCAUAGAGGAUGAUGUGGAGGUGAUGUUGGAGGAGGUUUAUGAACAUCUCGACACCGGAACCCUGCCUGAUGGCCUUGCCGACGUGAAUGGUGGCCUUCAGUUGAGUUGGAAUGCUGCUGAAGAGGACAAUGCAGAAUCCAUUGGAGAAUUCACUGUGGCAGUUGGGUCUGAAGUUGGUAGUGGUGAGUUGGGAUGGGGUAAGCAGCUUAAACAGCUUGCACAGCCACUAUAUUCUACUCAAAGUGCGUGA